AUGUCACUAAUGCCCCCACGGCAAAAUGCCCAUAUUGCCGUAACAAUAUGAGUACCAAACUUUCAUGGGUUGUUGGGCCAGCUGUGUCAUCCUCGUCCGAGACAUCUGGCAGUGAGGGUGGUUAUGUGAAAGGGGUUGUGACAUACAUGGUGAUGGAUGAUCCGGUCGUGAAGCCUAUGUCCACCAUUUCUUGUGUUACUCUCAUCAACAAGUUCAAUGUGCAGGAACUUGGGGAUCUUGAAGAGAAGGUGGUAGAUUUUGGGAUGGAUGAGGCCAUAAAGCUGUUGGAUGCUUCUUUGCACUCCAAGAAGGUGUUCACAGACAUAUUCUUCAGUGAGAAGGAAGCAUCUGCAUGAUGAUCCAUUUCAAGAUAACUGCGUCUGCUGUUUCUCUAU